AUGGGUAAUUCGCAGUCAUCCUACUAUACCAUUUAUUGGUGGAUCGAGUAUCUCAGCAAAGAAGUUGAGAGUAUCACCCAAAAUCUCGAAGAUCUUUCUAAAAAGAUCGACAGAGGUGCGAAGAUAGAAGAUGGGAAUUUGAGCAUGGAAGUCCAGGCUCUUUCUUCAAAAGUCAAUGACAACACCGACGCAGAGGAUCAUCGCUUGAAUUCAGCUGUCGCAGCCCUUGCUGCCCAGAUCGACGAUAAGCUUAACGCAGAAACAGGUCUCUUGACUGCAGAUAUAAUAGCCCACUCUACAGCACUAGACAACAAGGUCCAGGCGCUGUCUACGAAGGUCGAUAGCGGUCUCCAGGGCACCUCUUCGGCUAUCAACAAAGGACUAGCUAUUGGACCCUCUAUUGGACUUGGCAUCCCUCUUAUAUUGGCAUUAUCCAUCAUCUCCGUCCUGCUAUACAAGGGUCGCAGGUAUCGUCGAUACAUGCUGCAGUCUCUAUCUAAUGCUCUAACAUACUCUUUCUAG